AUGGCAUGUAACAUACCUAACCAAAGACAGCGGGCCAUGUCAACAGCCGGAGAAGCUCUGUAUGAAGUUCUUGGUCUGCGUAAGGGGGCAUCAGCUGAAGAAAUUAAGAAAACCUACAGAAAAUUGGCCCUGAAACACCAUCCAGACAAGAAUCCAGAUGAUCCAGCUGCUGCUGAAAAGUUUAAAGAAAUUAACAACGCCCACACAAUACUUACUGACAUCUCAAAGAGAACCAUAUAUGACAAGUACGGAUCAUUGGGACUCUAUGUGGCUGAGCAAUUUGGAGAUGAGAAUGUUAACACCUACUUCAUGCUGUCAAGCUGGUGGGCUAAGACUCUGUUUGUCAUCUUUGGCCUCUUGACGGGUUGCUAUUUUUGCUGCUGCCUGUGUUGCUGCUGCAACUGCUGCUGUGGACACUGCCGGCCCAAGUCAUCGAUGAGAGAAGAGGACUGCUUCAUGUCCCCAGAAGAUCUUGAGGAGCAGAUCAAGUCCGACAUGGAAAAAGAUGUGGACUUUCCAGUUGUUCUCCAGCCUACAAAUGCAAAUGAGAAAACACACCUAAUCAGAGAAGGAGUUCAAAGUUAUUGCACAGACUCUUGAUACUGAGCCCAUUGGAAGUCUGCAGUCCCUCUUCUUGGUUCAGCACUGUCUCCAGUGGUCAUGGGGAAGCAUGUGGGCAUAAAAUGUUGUGAACUUUUC